AUGGGGGUGGGCACCGUGUUCCUGUACGGAGUGCCGAUAGUCUCUCUAGUCAUCGAGGCUCAAGAGCGGCUCUGUCUGGCCCAGAUUAGCAACACACUGCUCAAGGAAUUCAGCUACAACGAGAUCCACAACCGACGGGUGGCGCUGGGCAUCACGUGUGUCCAGUGCACUCCAGUACAGCUGGAGAUCCUCCGGAGGGCUGGAGCCAUGCCGGUGUCCUCCAGACGGUGCGGCAUGAUCACCAGAAGGGAAGCGGAGAGGCUCUGCAAGAGUUUCCUGGGCGACAACACCCCGCCCAGACUCCCGGACGACUUUGCGUUCAGCGUCCAUCACGAGUGCGCCUGGGGGUGUCGAGGCGCCUUCCUCCCUUCGCGCUACAACUCCUCCCGGGCCAAGUGUAUCAAGUGCGCCGUCUGCGGCCUCUUCUUCUCGCCCAACAAGUUCAUCUUCCACUCGCACCGGACUGGCCCCAACGCCAAGUACGUGCAGCCGGACGCCGCCAACUUUAACUCCUGGCGGAGGCACAUGAGGCUCAGCGGCAACCCGCCGGACGAGAUUGUCCACGCUUGGGAAGACGUCAAGGCCAUGUUUAACGGAGGAACAAGAAAACGUUUGCUCGCAUCGGCUUCUUCUCAUCCACCGAGGUCUCCACCAGUAAAAUCCCCAGAGGGAACAAACCCAUCGCCGCCCCCUUUCCAGCUGCCCCCUCCGGCGCCCCCGCGAGUUCCGCCGCUGCCCAUCGUCAUGGACUACGUCUGGCACAAGCACUCCUUCUCCCCUUACUCUGCCCUGCCCUGGCUGGGAUUGCCGACAGCUUCGCCCCUACUGUUGCCCCCCGCUGAUGGCAAGAUAUACCCCUCCGCCUUCAGACCUGUCUACUCUGCCCCGCGCGCAGCAGAGGCGGCCGAAGACGAUGAGACUGUCGAUAUCGAGACUUGCCCGGAGGACGAUGUCAAGCCGUGCUGGACCCCUCCCAGGCCGAGCUCUCAGUGUUCAAUCAUAGCGAGGCCCGAACGCCGGCGAAAUGUCAACAUCCCCCCUCAAGCCCCUCACCCCUCCUCACCACCACGACCCCCCAGCGACGGCAAGGUGACGGUUCACUGCCUAUACUUUAAUCAUAGCCCCCUCACCCUUGUUUGA